CAUCAGGGGCAGGGACGUUGUGUAUCCGUUUAGACGAAUCGCAUAGCAUACGGAGCUCUUGUCCAUGCCUGCCUACGUGUACAAGUUCACAGAAUCUGUAUUCGCCAUCAUUUUGUGUCCCAAAGUCAUUGGGGAGAGAUUAUUAGAGCACCAAGGCGGGAAUGAAAUCAUCGCCAGGAACGGCUGGACCACAGGGCGACCGAGGAUCACUCCUGCCAAGAAAAACGGGACAUGUGAGCAGCUGCCUAGAAGUAGAAAUCCAGAUACUAGAAAAUGGCACCACUUUUGGCUGAAGAGGUCAUCAAGCAUCCCGCUUUCCAUACGGUCGACUGGAAGCUCCAGCCCACCACAUCGGGAACAUGUACGGUGGCCCAGGACAGGCGGGGUGGGCCCCUGAAAAUGAACUAUGAGAUCCAUGGCACUGGCCCUGUGAAGCUCGUUUGGGUGAUGGGCCUGAAUGGAUCUCUCAAAGACUGGAAGCGUCAGACCAAGUACUUUGGCCACCAGCACGCUUCCAAAUAUUCGUGUCUGAUUUUUGACAACCGUGGCGUUGGUCGUUCGGACAAGCCGGUCUGCUAUUAUUCCACAUCGGAGAUGGCUCAAGACGCCGUAGACCUGGUCGCUUCGCUGGGCUGGAUCGACCUCAGCGCCCCUCCAAAACGAUCGAUCCAUGUCAUCGGCACUAGUAUGGGCGGCAUGAUCGCGCAGGAGAUUGGAAUGCUCAUCCCCGAUCGUCUGGCCAGUCUAACCCUCUGCUGCACUGCUCCGCGGUUGGUCCGGACCGGCCCAUUUUUCGAGAACCUGCGCCAACGGGCGAGCAUGUUUAUUCCCCGCCAUGUCGACAUAGAGCUCGAGAGGAUCGCGAGGAGUACCUUUGCGGAUGACUUCCUCGCCCAGCCAGAUACGGAAAACGAGGACCCGGCCAUGAACUUUCCGACCAAGCGGGAUCGCUUUGCUGCUGGCAUGUUGCAGAAGCGUGCUGACACGGAGGCGCACACGAAGAAGGGAUUUCUCAUGCAGAUUGUGGCUUGCUAUUUCCAUCAAAAGUCACCAGAGCAGCUCAAGUCUUUGGGGGAUCAAGUGGGGAGGGAGCGGAUCUUCGUGUGUCACGGCACCAAAGACCUGAUGCUGACCUUCCGUCACGGGGAAAUAAUACGCGAGGAGAUUGGGGAGGGAAUCCAAUGGAAGGUGUUUGAAGGGAGCGGCCACAUGCUGGGCUGGGAGAGGGAGCAGGAGUUGAACCAAAUGCUCGAAGAGUUCGUGGGUAGAUGCAGUUGAAAGAUUAUUGCUGGAGUCAUCGCGCGCGUGCUAGUAGACGACUGUACAAUAGAAUUGAUUCACCUUG